AUGCCUAUUUUCGAAACUUGCAUGGCCGAGUCUUUUAUGCUACCCCUUCAUAUGGACGAUGACUACGAUGAAGAAAUCGCUGAAUCAAAUUUGAACCUUAAGUCCCUCAUGGCUAGACUUUUUGGAAAGAAGAUGAUUGUUGGACUUGAAUAUCCUGUUUGGGUUUUUAGGGAAGCAUUGGAAGAGCCACAUCAACGGAUAUUUGCAAUGAAUCCCCUUGUCGACCUGAUGAAGGAGUGGAUUUACCAUUCUGGCGAAGUCAUCUAUGCGAGUAUAAACGGAAAAGAGCUGGCGCGGAUCGUUAAAUUGACCAAGCCAGGCACUCUUUAUAAUGGGGAAUCAUCAAUCAGCCAUGACAGAUGGAAAUUCUGGAAGGAAAAGUUACCUGGGAUCGCAGCAUUCGUUUCGGGAGGAAAGAAGUCAGUUUUGAAGGAAAUCGAACGGAAAAUGACUGAAAUUGAGAAUCUGAAUGAGUAG